UUCUGUUGAUGUCAAAAAGUUACACAAGCAGUGGAUGGGGUUUUACAAAAGGGCGGUUUCACAACAGUCAACGAGGCUGUACACCUGCACUCCCCAUUCAAGUCUACUGGUUUUACCUGUGACCAAAGCGCCUUUCUAAAGAGGAUUAUUACAGAAAAUCAUCAGCCUGGUUCUUUUUAGUUUUCUGUCAGCAGAAGGGUAAUCGUGAAACCCGUGCGCUUCUCACGCCUUGUUAAGUUUGUGUGAUUGGGAAUGACUGGGAAAACACCGGAAUGUUAACGUGAUUGUCUCGUCUGUCGCAAACAAGUAGCCUAGUCCGGUGUUGCCUGUUUGUCUGGGCCAUUGAGUCGUUGGCUCCGCCGCUUUUCCGCCGCUCACAUCGUGGACCACCGUGGCCUGUGGAAGCUUCACCGUCUAGACAAACAUUUUAGCAAUGGAGCUAAGUUCAGUAAUUUUAACUACCGGUGGUUCCUUCGGAUUUUUCAGGCUUCUGAACUCCGGGGUCAGUAAACUCCCCAUGCCCGAGUCUGCCUGCAGGAAUGCAUGGAAAUGGAGAAAUAUCUCCACAUCGUUCGUGCAUAGUCUCAUCACAGCGACAUGGGCAGUGCUUUGCUUUUUUCUUCAACCACAGAUGGCAGAGGAUCUAAUAGAAACUCACUCCGUGUUUUCUCAUGCUUUGGUGUCCUUUUCAAUCGGUUACUUCAUCUAUGACUUCUUUGACAUGGUGGGCAGCCAGAAGCUGAUUCAGUCCUGGGAGCUUCUCUUUCAUCACAUCGUGGUGAUCACCUGUUUCGGUCUCUCUGUGCUUACAUGCCGCUACGUUGGCUUUGCUGUGGUGGCCCUGCUGGUGGAGAUAAACUCUGUGUUCCUACACCUCAGGCAGAUCCUGCGUAUGGCCAACAUGGCGGCAAGUACUCUUUACCGUGUGAACAGCAUGAUCAACUUGGGAACGUAUGUGGUGUUUCGCAUCAACACUCUGGCCUGGAUGACCCGCUGGCUCGUCCUCAACAGGGACAAGGUGCCUCUCCUGGCUUACACGCUGGGCAGUGUGGGAAUGGCCAUUAUGACGGCCAUGAAUAUUGUGCUCUUUUGCCGGCUGCUCAGGAGCGACUUUUUAAAGAGCAGCACCCGAGAGACCAAGAAGGAGAAGGAGAAAGAGAUGUAGAAUUCUUGUUAUUCUACACUGACACCCUGUGGCUGAGAUUGGGUACUGUAUUGCCUGUGUGUGUUGUAUUUAUAGCUGGAAGAUGGAGGAAUAUGUCUAUCUCUUACUCCAUACAGGUACAUGCAUUGUGUUAGUGCUUCAAACACUGAUCACACAUCUCUCAUGCUAAAAGAAACAUCUUCCCAUCAGUUUUGACUAUUUUGACAUCUGUGUUUGUGUUUAUUAUGAGGCCUUUUAAAACUGCACCAAAAACCUUAUUUUCCCACAGGGUGUUUAAGCUAAAUCUGUUCUAAAAUGUAGCUUGUGUUAAGUGAGGAUGCAUUGCCUUAGCAAAGAAAACCCUACCAAUACACAGAUACAUAUGGAAAUAAAUAUCUUUAAGUACAUCAUAACCAUAUACUGUAUCAAUUUAAAUAUAUAUAUGUUUAUAAUAUUUCAUUUUUCAUAUCACUGAAUAAGAAAAAUCAGUGGCCUACAAACCCCCUUAUUGUUCAGCCACACUUGAAUGUUUUGUUUUCCCACCAAAUUUCCUCUAAGCUAAGAACUGCCUGCUACCUCAGAACUUGUAAUAUACUUUUGCCUCUUUCUAACACUUGCUUUGCUGUCAGUAUUUAUCAGUUUGUUAGACUUUAUUAAAGAAAACAAGGAAUUACAAACCAUACAUAGUCUGUAUAUGAUUAAAAAUCUAUUCCAGAUAAUUCUGCAUACGACUGUGAAUGAAUAUUGAAAACUUUAAGAAAUGCAGAACAGGUUUUACUUUCAUACGGUGCAUAAGAGCAUGACUGUUAAGUACUUUGUAUUGAACAUAUGAGGAAAAAAUGUAGAAAUUAUCAUAACCAUAACCAUUAUACUUAAAUCAGAGUGAGACCCUCAGAUCUUGCAACAACACCACCCUUCAGGCCUGUGAGGGAUUAAAACCAACAUCGAGCAAAUUCCCACUAAUAACUCAGUGGAUCAGUUAGUGGUUAUAAAGGGGAGGGUUGGAGGGUUCCCUCCCCAAUCUCAUCGUUAACACUGUCCGUCAGCAGUGAGUGACAAAUAAAAUAUAUCCCACAGCUUACACUGGCUGCUCUCACAUAACAGGAAAACCAAAAACAAGCUAAAGAAAACAAAUGUAGUGCUGCAUUAGAAACUGACACUAAUAUUUUCAUUUUCUGUGAAGCGUUACCUUCAUGGCCUUCAGUCUGCAGUAGGAGUUUUCAGGUGCCAUUCUUCAUUUUGCAAAUGGAGAACAGCUGAUUCCUUAACAUCACCUCAGUCACGUCCACAUGGCCAAGACCACACAAGAUUUUAUAUUGCGUAACCUCUUUAAAGAUCUGUGCCAUCUUUGCCUUUGUUAAAAGAUGCCAAGAAACAAGGAUAGAUGUGGAUAUUUAACUGAGAUGGAUGUCAGAACAAACAGGAGAUCUGUGAAUACAGCAAACUGUUGCGCACACUGCAGCUGCACAGCUGAAAACCCUUCCAGCUCUGCUCACAGAAUAACAGUUCUCGCACAACAUGCAAGUGACUGACGUCAUCUGUGUUGGAAAUUCUUUUCUUUUUUUGUUUAAUCAGUGUUUGGUUAAUUGUGUAUCUUUUGUAAUUUAUUUGUACUAAAAAGUCACAGAUUAAAGAUGAAAUGAACGCAUUAUACAGUGACCUUUUCUGUUGUAAACAUUGUUGCUUUAUAGUGAAACUGGUUGUUUUUGGAGGGUGUUUUGCCACUUUUUUCUUUUACUUUUUUUUCUUAGUGUAAAGUGACUCUUUUGUCAUGUUUGAUCAAAUGUGUUGAUGUUCAAGCCCCUAAAACCAGGCUGUCCUGUGCAUGUCCUGCUAUAUUACAAACAGCAGCAUGUUUAGUGUGUGAAUUGAACAUGGGUAUGAAGGAAACUUAACUUACUUUCUGGUGAAAGCACUUAAAGCUGCAGCUAAUUAUGAAGUGUAAACUUAGUUGAAAGCUUGGACCCUUUCUCUGGUUCUGUCUGCAGUAUACUCCGAACAUCACCACACUAACAUCAUGGCUCUGUAUUUGGAUUUUUGUUGAGGCUGAUUAGAAGCCUCCUGUAAAGAUGAAACAAUCUUUUUGCAUUGCUGUCAUUAAUGUUGCUUAUUUUUAAUGUUUCAGCUCAGGUUUUUAGGGCAACUUUGUGGAUGUAGUGAAGACAACUGGUGACAUUUGAAGUUCUUUUUAACAAGCAAGCUUAUAACUCUGAGUGUGUUGUUUAAGGCUGCAGUGUAAUUGGAAUUGUGCUUGUAUGAGGCCACGUGUUCCUUAUUUUUCUGUGUGUUAUAAUGAAUUGUGAUAAAAUGCCAUUCAGAUCCAGAUGCCUCCGCAUAUUAAUGUCAUUUCCACACCGAGGGACCUUGGUCAACACUAGUUAUUAACGCUGUCUGCACUUCGUCUCCUGCCCUUUUUGUCUGGCUUAGAUUUCCAAUCACAACUCUGCCAAGGCUCCAACAUGAUGUUCUGGUUUUUUAUUAAUUGCUACUUGAGACUAAAGCAAAAGUAUUUCAGUACAACUGCAGAAAAGUCAUGAAUUAAUGUUGCAGUACUGUUUCAUAUACCUGAUCACGCACAGUAAAUGUUAAAGCUGA